AUGUCAAAGCUAAUUCCUUCGCCCAAAAUCUCAGAAGAGAAAUCGAUCAAGAACUAUCUCAACUUGUGGAAGAAACCCCAAUUUUUCAACAAACAAUCGAGCACAAGUAUACCAGGUAUGAGGUGA